GAUCGAACUUGACCAGUGACUCCCAACACGGUUAGACACGAAGACGGAAAAGCGCGAGGCCUCGAGUAGGGAAUGUACAGCUUCAAAUUGGCUCAGCCAUUGCGGCAGUUGCUACAAAGUUCGAGCUGCGUACGACAUAACCUAUCCUGCCCGCAUCGCCGAUACAUAUCGGUAUUCCUUUCCAACGAACCAGGAAGUAGUAAACCGGUGAAAGUGAAACAUCCCCCACUCACGACCCUUGACCCUCGAUCUCUCUCACCUCACGACUUCCGCGACGUAUCCAACCAACAAGUCUUCCUUUUUCCUGGCGUCAAAAGAACAUUUAUUCACUAUGAACGUAAACGAAGAUCAGGGAAGAGCUUCUACAUUCCUUUCCCAGAAAAAACCGCAGGUUAUUUGUAUUACUGGACACAUCCCAACCUACCACCUACCUCGGGGCAGAUUCGGUUUCGUAUAAUGAACACCAGCGAUCCGCAAAGCUUCAAUAGCGGAAGAGAUUUCUGUCUCCCCUCGGGGACUCCAUGGUACAUAUCCCUGGCAUACCUCUCCGGAAAGAAGAGCUUCCAAGGCGUUUGCGAUAUCCUAGUGCGAGAUGGGCUCGUCGUGCGCGACACGAUUGAACAGCUACGCCCGUUUUCGGAGACCGUGGGACACAUGCCGCGACAGGCAACUCUUCUCACGUCGCCGGACGAGAUAUUUCCCUUGUGCCUCCCGCAGGUCACUCCCGUAAUAUAUCUUGCUGCUGGGAAGGUGAAACGAGCCCAAAGGUUGCUUUUUAGACUUAAACAGAACGAAGAAAUAUCAAAAUUAGUAGAGCCUGGAAAGCAAGUCCUCGCUCUUGUGAAGUUUGAGUUUCCCCGGAAGUAUGCAAGAAAUUCCUGGUAUCCAGACUUCCGUAUAGUUGGCGUCUACGCGAAUGAUAGGCUUAUUACGACUGGGGCACCUUCAUUGAUAAAAACUCAUUCAAUUUAUCCUCGUUCUGAGUUCGUAGCUUGGUGCAAGGAGUUCCAGCAGACAUAAAAUCCAAUGCGAGGUAGUCACAUUACGUGUAAUUUCUCAAAUGGGUUCUCAAGACUGUACUCAAGGUUACCAUUCGCAGGCUGUUUGUUCUACCACAAGCCCAGAUCGUCGGAUUCCACCGCAAACAUGGUCAGCUUGUACCUUGUACCAGUACUGCUAAAACGAUAGAAAAUAUCUGCACAGGAUAAAUUACACGUACUGUUGAAAUUCUGAGAUUUAGCUUCAUGCUGCGACGUAUAUGUACCGUCUACAAAGCAAUAAGAAUAAAAGAAAGUCUGCUUUCGGGCCGGAUUACCGUGUCACAUCAUGACCAAAGGUGACAGUAGCGUGA